UGGGGUUUAAUUCCCAAUCCCUCGCUCCCUUCCUCCGUUUUUCUUCAAUCUCCGCCGCCUUGGACGCCGCCGCCUCCGUCGAUUCCUCCAUUCGCCGAGGUCGUCUCCUUAUCCGCCAUCUGCAGCCGUUAGCUGCCGCCAGUGUCCCCUUUUCUCUUUUGCAGUUCUAAUUUUCCAGGGAAUUCACUCACCGCGCAUUGCUUUUGUCCACCCAAAUUUCUCUGGGGUUUUCCUCUCCCGUUCGGGGCCGGCUUUGUCCCCUUCCUCUUCGUCGCCAUCCACCGCCGAAGACAAUCUCUGACUUCGGCUUCGCCGCCAUCUCCGCAGAAGACUAGCUCCGACUUCGUGUUUCAAACCACCGGCGCAUCUUCAUUUCUUCCACGGUAAGGUUUCCUAUCUUGAGUCUUCGUCCACCGGCCUUUCCCCUUCGUGUUCGUCGCCAUCUCCGCCGAAGUCGUCCUCCGAUUCCGACUUCCAGACCGCCGUUCAUCCUCGUCUUUGUCCACGUAGAGGUAGGAGGAAGAGAUGGGAGAGCGGAAGGUGCUGAACAAGUACUACCCGCCGGACUUCGAUCCGGCAAAGAUACCGAGGAGGAGGCAGCCGAAGAACCAGCAGAUCAAAGUCCGGAUGAUGCUGCCGAUGAGCAUUCGCUGCAACACCUGCGGAAAUUAUAUCUACAAAGGCACUAAGUUCAACUCCCGCAAGGAAGAUGUCAUCGGCGAGACAUACUUGGGAAUUCAAAUAUUCAGGUUUUAUUUCAAAUGCACCAAAUGCUCUGCAGAGUUGACAAUGAAGACAGACCCACAAAAUUCAGAUUAUGUUGUCGAGUCAGGUGCAACUAGGAAUUUUGAACCGUGGCGUGCUGAAGAUGAGGAAAUAGAUAAGGAAAAACGGAAAAGGGAAAAUGAAGAGAUGGGAGAUGCAAUGAAAUCCUUGGAGAAUAGAACAUUGGACUCAAAAAGAGAGAUGGACAUCCUUGCUGCCCUGGAUGAAGUCAAGUCCAUGAAGUCGAGACAAGCAACUAUCAGUGUUGAUGUCAUGCUGGAAGCCUUGCAGCGGUCAGCUGAGGAAAAGGAAAAGAAGUUGGAAGAAGAGGAUGAAGCACUAAUAAAAUUAUUUUUUGGAGGACCAAAAGAAGUCGUUCGCAGGGUCAGCGAUGAUGUUCUUGAUGAGGAUGAAGAUUUGGUUUUAAAUGAUAAUAGUGAAACAUCAAGCAGUAACUCAAAGAGAAAAAAGGUUUCUGAAGAACCUCCUAGCAACCCGACAGAUUAUCUCACUAAGACAACUGACAGCUCCAAGAUUGAAGAAAAGCAAGGGGGUUCUCAGAGAACCAGUGAUGGUAAAUUCAUUUUCAAGUCUUCAUCAGUCACGGUUUCUGUUGUCAGAAAACCAUCUUCAGCCUCCAAGAGUAAUGAGCCAGCAAAGCUGGACAUCAAACAAGAGGAAGAUAGAAAAGCAAAUAAUUCAAGCACUAUUCCGGAGUCUCUAGCACCAUCUUCAUCCUCCAAAUCUAGUGCGCCAGCGAAACUGGCCGACAAGUCAGAGGAAGAGAGCCGAACUACUCCAAGCACUGGACUGCUGUCUCUAUGCCAAAACUAUGAAAGUGACGAAGAUGAUUAGCAAUUUGUUGUAGAUGACUGUAAAUCAAGCACAUUGUCCAAUGAACACCUUGUUACGCCUUUGUGAUUUGGCAGGCCAUUCCAAGAGCAAUUGGAAUUUGUAUACUGCCACCGGGAGAAACAACAAACUCAAUAAACACUGGAACUUGUCCUCUUCGACCAAAACUGUUGUUUGUGUCAUGAAGUGAGAGGUUCCAUUGGCUUGAAAACAAAUCUUCGGGUGGAUCAAAUGACCCAGAGGACAACUGCAAAUUUUGGCACCGUGGUAGCCGUAGACAGAUUCACUGUACGGUAUCGGUAGCCAGCCCUUUGUGUGUUCUCUUUCCAUGAACCAUGAAGUCAAUUUGCGAUAAUAGAAUUGAAUCUAUGUUAGAACUA